CUCUCUCACACACACAAAACCUCUCCAACACCAACGGGAUGUGUGUGUACCGAGCUCUCCUGCAACUCCUGCCACUCCUGCUCAGCCUGGACACUUCAGGUGUCUGUGCUAUUCGUGUUUAUACGUCUGGUAACGUGGAGGCUGUGAAUGGGACGGAUGUUCGGCUGAAGUGCACCUUCUCCAGCUCCGCCCCCAUCAGACGCACCACCCUCACCAUCUCCUGGAGCUUCAGGCCUCUGGGCCCCGGACAGGAGGAGACUGUGUUCUAUUACCAUGACAAGCCCUUCCCUCCAUCUGAGGGGCGUUUCCUGAAGAAGGUGAUAUGGGCGGGGGAUGUUUCAUCGCGGGACGCCUCCAUCGUGGUGCGAAACGUCAAGUUCAGUUAUAACGGAACCUUCAGCUGUCAGGUGAAGAACCCACCAGACGUCCACGGAAACGUGGGAGAGGUGCGGCUACGAGUGGUCACUUCAGCCUCUUUCUCCGAGAUUGUAAUUCUGGCUGUUGCCAUUGGGGGCGCUGUGCUGCUGACGAUUAUCAUCCUGAUUGCUGUUGUGUCUAUCCGGCGGUGUCGGAAGCUGGAGAGGAUGGAGCGGGAAGGCAUUCCCAGGAGACACAAAGAACCCAUGCUGUGGUGAAUGAAAGAGAGAGAGAGAGAGAGAGAGAGAGAGAGAGAGAGAGAGAGAGAGAGAAUGAUGUACAGCACCAGUCAAAAGUUUGGUAUUUCUCACUGGAAUAAUUCCGUAUGAGUUGUAAUAUGUGGAAAUUAGUAAAUAUAGGUCCAAACCUUUGACUGGUACUCUUGCGCCCCCCUCUGGGCUGGAUGUAUGCAUUGUAUGAUAUGUUGAGACAUGUUGCAGUGGGUGAGAGUGGCUUAUCUGUCCAGGACUGAUGUGGUUUAGUUUGGCAUUUCAUGAAUUAUUUUAUAUCCAACUGAAAAACACUCUGUGGUGAAAUGGUUCUGCUUCCUCAACCCACAAACACACAUAAAGCCUUUAAACUCUCAGUGUGUUUCUUACUUAACUCCAAAAACUCCAGCAAACUGGAUACUUUAUUACUUACACCAACCUUGUACUUCCUCUAAAUGGCCACUUUAUUAGAAACGCCUACCCUGUGCUUCCACUAUCUGGCCACUUUAUUAGAAACACCAACCUUAUACUUCCACUCUAACUGGUCACUU